AUGGGUGGUGAGGGAAAGGUUGUCUCUCAAGCUCAGUUGUUGUCUUAUUCAGUGGAAGAUCUCUUUAUCUCUGCAGUGAAUGGUGGCUGGUCUCUGUGGACAGAGUGGUCUCCUUGCAGCGUGAACUGUGGGAGAGGAGUUCAGAAGCGAUCUCGGACCUGCACUAACCCCGCUCCUCUGAACGGAGGAGCGUUCUGUGAGGGCAUGUCUGUGCAGAAGAUCACCUGCAAUGCACUUUGCCCAGUGGAUGGAGUCUGGGAGGAGUGGAGCGAAUGGACGAUGUGUAGCACGCAGUGUGAGAUGCAGCGAUGGAGGGAGUGCAACGCUCCACCGCCUCGUCACAGAGGCAAGAUGUGUGAGGGAGAAGGUCAAAGCACUGAGAACUGCACGGGAGGACUGUGUACGCAAAAUGGGAAGCUGAUGCAUGAUGUUAAGCCUCAGAGUAUGGAGAACUCUAUUGAUGUUGUGCUGUACUCUGGUCUGGCUGCGGGGGUGAUCGCUGUGGUCGUCCUCAUAGUGGCCAUCACCCUCUACAGGAAAAGUCAAAGUGAGUAUGGAGUGGAUGUCAUUGACUCAUCUGCUCUUGCUGGGGGCUUCCAGUCCUUCAGCUUCAAAACCACCAGACAGGGCAAUCCACUUCUGCUGAAUUCCUCCAUGCAGCCCGAUAUAACCAUCGGCCAGACGUACAGCAGCCCAAUCUGCUUUCAGGACUCCAUAGCCAAAGAGCUCUUUGACCCCCUGCCAGACAAGGUCAAAGUUCAGAGCUCCUUUAUGGUUUCACUAGGUGUGGCGGACCGGGCCGAGUACCACGUGAAAGCCCAUCCGGAGACGCUUCCUGCUAACCUUCACCCAAACUACAGCACAGUGGAAGGAAAGAUGAUGGCUAUGAUCAUUCCUAAUGGACUUCACACACUCAGGAAGACUCCGUUUAAGACAAGUGCAGUGUUUGGGCAUUUGGGUGGCCGAUUAGUCAUUCCAAAUGCAGGAGUAAGCUUGCUGGUGCCUCACGGGGCGAUUGCUGAGGACACCUCUUGGGAAAUGUACAUGCUCACAAAUCAAGAGGAGUCUAGUGCCCAAUCAGAGGAAAGGUGUGAAAUUCUGUUAGGGCCAGAGGUCACAUAUGGACCUCCAGGGCUGAACCUGUCCUGUCCUGUUGCCAUGACGAUAGCUCAUUGUGCUGAAGUCAGCGCUGAAAACUGGAACAUUAAACUCAAGAGACAAACCAAGGACAACAAGUGGGAGGAAAUAAUGUCAGUAGAUGAUGAAUCGACCUCCUGCUAUUGCCUAAUGGUUUCGCAUAGCUGUCACUUGUUGUUGGAUCAGCCAGGUUGUUAUGCACUGGUGGGGGAACCCAUCACCGAUGCCGCUAUAAAGAGACUACGGAUUGCCGUGUUCGGCAGUAUGGAGGCUUCUAUGGACUACAGCCUGCGAGUGCACUGUGUAGAUGACACACCGCAUGCCUUUCAGGAAUUCUCCUUCACCCAAGUCUGGUAUAGUAACCAGCAGCCUAUGCACUGUGCCUUCUCGCUGCAGAGACAUAGCGCCUCAACCACCCAGCUCUCCUGCAAGAUCAGUGUGCGGCAGGUCAAAGGUCACGAGCAGAUCCUGCAGGUCUACACCUCAGUGGGAGAGAGUGAGAAAGAGACGGUCCCAUUUUUUAUGCAGGCAGAUUGCACGGUGACUUCACAGACGGGAGCCAAAGCCUUCAAAAUCCCCCUGUCCAUACGUCAGCGGAUAUGCACCACCUUCGAUACUGCCAACGCCAAGGGCAAGGACUGGCAGCUCUUAGCUCAGAAACUCCACAUUCAAAGGAACCUGUCCUACUUUACCAAGCAGAAGAGUCCAUCUGCUGUCAUUCUCAGUCUCUGGGAGGCCAGGCAUCAGGACAGUGGAGAUCUUGACUCACUUGCAAGUGCUUUGGAGGAGAUUGGAAAGAUCCACUGUAAAAGUCUGCCUCAGAGUCCAGAUGAAAAAGAAACAGACUUUACGUUUUGAGGGACUACAUGUACUCCACCAGGUGCAGUUCGCCAGCAUCUUCAAUUUAGAGUCCAGGUUGACCCAGCUAAGGCAUAUCCAGUCUGAGAGAAGACUAGGACAAAAUGCGACCAAUCAGAUGGUUUCACAUAUCUGUACAUGUGCAAAGGAAGUAGUAUGAGUUCGUAUGAAUUUGGCACAGAUUCAACAGCUUCAAAAUGCUUUUCUCAAAGUAAACAUCAAAGUGCCAAGCCAUAACAUCUUACAUGAAAUUCUGCUUUAGCCUUUCUUUGGUGUAGGGGUGGGCAAUAUGGCAAA